AUGGGUCGGAGAGGUUUGCGUCGCAAUUACAAUCCCGUCUCGUCGACGGCCGAGGAAGCCGAUGAUGCGGCGGUGAUUGCAGUGGAAAGUGAAGGAGGAGGAGAAGAAGACAACAACAACAACAACACAGCGGACAGCAACAAUGGCGAUGUUGGUGGUGACGUGGAAGCCCCUCGACGACGCAGGGACUAUCAGACCGUCGCAGCUGAAGAGGAAGCAGAAGACGAGGAAGAAGAGGGUACCAAGGUGACGAUUGUGAUUUUGGAUCCGGCCCAAAAGAAAUUCUUCAUUCCGGCGUACACUCAUUGGUCCAUUUCCAAGUUCAAACGAAAGGGAGCCAAGAUUCACAAGGUGGCGCCACCGUCGCAACGAUUAAUUUAUCGAGGACAAUUGCUGCAGGACAGUUCGACGCUCGAAGGAUGUGGCCUCAGCGCAGACAAGCUCAUUGUGCACUUGUUCCCCAAACCACGCGUCGUUAUUCAACAACAACAACCGGGUGUUGACGAAGAACAACCACAACCCACAGGGGCUCACAUUCCUCAAAUCGUCUUGAAUCCAGAUGAAGCCGAACAACGCGCUCAUAUUCUCGUUUUGGGAAGUGCCGACUUUUUGGAAGCACAAAACAAUGUCAAGCUAUUCUCCUUUCUUCUCUUGGUCAUUUCGUCCAUUGAACUAUUCAACCUCCUACUCAUUCUCAUGGGAGUUCCUCCGGACAACGGCAAUGGUAAUAAUUCUGGACACGACGCUUACAAUACUCAAGACGACUUUUUCCAUAUUGACGUCAACAACACGGCCGAUCCCUACAACAGUCGCAAUUACAAUAACAAUAUGGAAGCGGAUCCCUAUCAAGAAGCCGCCAUUCAACGCGAAUUACAAACCUGGCAACCCCGCAGUAACAUUGAUCUUAUCAUUUCCGCUUUUGGGAUCUAUGUCGCCAUGUUGGGCAUUCGGGCCACCAACGAAACCACUCUGCGAUUGGCACAACAGUAUUUGGUAGGAACCGCGAUUGUCGGAAUUGCCUGGAUGAUGUUCAAUUACUGGUUUACCGUCCACGUCGACGAAGAAUUUGAUCAAUUGCGACGAGACGAACGACACAAUCACACAAACGCGACGAACCCGGUCAUUUACGACGAUGAUGCGAUACCUUACAAGACCGAAAUGGAGUACUAUCAGCAGAAUCUCAGUCUCAUGAUGAUUCCUGGCAUGGUAUGGGUGCUCUGCUGUCUUCGAGCAUAUCAGUUUCAAUCGCUCUUGGAAGAAGCCGAACAAGAAGCGGAAGAACGUAUUCGCAACGAAUUGGCACAACACAAUGCUCAUGUGCAUGGUGGUGAGGGUGAAGACGACGAGGACGAUGUGGUUGAGGAAGACGAAGCGGCGACGACCGGCGGUACGGAGCUGGAGCUGCAAAACCGAUCGGCCGUGAUUACCUAG